AUGGCAACGGUUCAGCAACUGUCCGCUGGGCCGACCCCCGCGCGGCCACGAAGCACCAAUGGGACUAGGGAUGGCGAUAUGGAUGUCGACUCUAGUCCUUCACCGGAGCUCUCUCGGACAGCGAGCAAGUUUGGCAGUGAGCCUCAAAGGGGAGACCCGCGGAUCGUUGUCAUUAUAUACGGGGACGGUCAGGAUGGAAUUGUUUCCACCUUUGCCGAGGUCCUUGGGAAGCCUCUAGGUCUGAAAUCUGGCUUCAGUGAAGUCAGCACUGCAGACAAAGGCCUGGUCAUUGGCAUUCAAGCCGGAGCCGCGAAAAAUGACAUUGCCGCUCGGAACAAGGAUCUAGUGGUGGCCAUCAAUGCCCACUGUGUCGACCUCGGAAUGCCGCCCGAUGUGUACCUGUCGGAGCAGUGCGAUUAUGAGUUCUUGUACACGAAGGCCCCCUUUUUUCGGCGCGAUUUGUCGCGGUUCAUCUCCUUCACCCUGGGGCAGAUUAACCACCACGAGACAUUGAUGGCGAAACCUCGGACGUACUUCAUAUCGACAACCUUUCCUGACGUUAGCGCAGCGUUACCUAACCUCGACAUUUUGACCGUUGGCGCAGAUGCAGUGGAACUUCGGGUGGACUUAUUGAAAGAGCCCACUGGCGACGGGACUUACUCGGCCGUUCCCAGUCUCAGCUAUGUCGGCCGACAGGUCAUGCUUUUACGGCAACGAACCGAGCUGCCUCUCAUAUUCACGACGAGGUGCACAAGGGAGAACGGCCGGUUCCCCAUGGGAGAUCCCGAUUUGUACUAUGAAUACCUCUAUCGAGCCAUCCAGUGGGGAGUCGAAUACAUCGAUGUCGAGCUCUGGCUGCCUGAGGAGAUUAGGAAACGACUUUUCGAGGUGAGAGGCAACAGCAGGAUCAUGUCCGCUUUUCAUGACUUCUCUGGUACCUUCCGCUGGCCCUCGCCUGAAGCCCAACAAGUGUACGUCGAAUCCAGCAAGUACGCGGACAUAGUCAAGAUGAUCGCGAUUAUCAACGACCAUCAUGAGAACUUCGAGCUCGAGUAUUUCCGGUCAAAGAUGAGGGCUGAGUACCCCGACUCCCCACCCUUCUCCGGCGUCAACAUGGAGGAGACCGGUCAGUUCUCCAGGACGCUCAACAAAGUCUUCACCCCUAUCACACACCCUCUACUCCCUAUUGUCGCCGCACCGGGUCAGAUGAGUGCCUCGGAGAUCAAUACGGCCCUUUCCCUGCUGGGCCAGCUGCCCAAGAAGACCAUCUGGGGAAUCACGAGCCCAUUAUUUCGAAGCUCCAUACCGCAAGCGCCUUUCUUUGAAAAAUGUUUCAACGAACUGGGUCUGCCCCAUCAAUUUGCCGUCGUAGAACGGCAACCGAAUAACGUGGCUAGCGUGGAAGCAUGGUGUAACCAGAAGAACUUUGGCGGUGCUUACUUGAGCCCUCCGGUAUCAUGGAGCAGCCUUUUGAAGCACAGUGCUUUCUUCGCAUCGCUGAACAACGGCAGGGGUCCUGAGCUCACCGAGGCCGCCCGCGUUAUUGGGACAGUCGACACCAUUGUUGUCAGGACAGCAUCAUCACUUUCCCCCCCAUCGGGUCCCGCGUCAAUAUCACCAAGCCCACCCAACCACGGCACCAACACCACGGCCGGGCUCAGCUCGGCAAUCUCCAACCUGCCACCCAACACGUCUCUUGUCCUGGAUAACGCAAGCUGGAAGGGCAUUCUGAGUGCGUUGACUCGGGACCUAGCGCCCUCUGCUUACUUUGGCCGAUCUGCCGUGGCUUUGGCAUCCUCGGGGGAUGACGCGGCUUCCGUCAUAUUCGCAUUGAGAGCUUUGAACAUUUCCAAAAUCUACACCGUUGGUUUCAAGACCCCGCCGGUGCUUGCCAAGAAUGGACCUGCCAUUGAACCAUUCAACAGCCUGGAAAGCCUGCAACGCGCACGCAUGGUGGGGGAUGACGCCGCGCCGUUCGUCAUCGUCUCGGCGUUGGGUCCUGAAAAGAGCAACUUGGUCGGGAUGUUGGUUCGAGUGUUCGGAGCUACGGGGCGUGGGAGCUCCUCCAACAAUACGAGGAAGGUGUUCCUAGAUCUUGCAGACACUGCCAGCGCGCGGAAGGGGGGCGAUCCCAGCAUCGUGGCUGAGCAGAUUGGUUUCUCGGCCUACAGCUCGGCGGACACGGCGGCUUUCACGACGGUAGAGACAUUGAGACUGUUAGUUGGGCAGAACGUACCCUACAGCUUUGUCAGGCUGGCAAGUGGCCGGAGUCUGUUUUGA